AUGGGGUAUGGCGGUGAUCAGGGUGCUGGUAUGGGGUAUGGUGGUGAUCAGGAUGUUGAUAUGGGGUAUGGUGUGAUCAGGAUGCUGGUAUGGGGUAUGGCGGUGAUCAGGGUGCUGGUAUGGGGUAUGGUGGUGAUCAGAACGCUGGUAUGGGGUAUGGCGGUGAUCAGGAUGCUGGCAUGGGGUAUGGUGGUGAUCAGGAUGCUGGUAUGGGGUAUGGAGGUGAUCAGGGUGCUGGUAUGGGGUAUGGCGGUGAUCAGGAUGCUGGUAUGGGGUACGGUGGUGAUCAGGAUGCUGGUAUGGGGUAUGGCAGUGAUCAGGAUGCUGGUAUGGGGUAUGGCGGUGAUCAGGACGCUGGUAUGGGGUAUGGCGGUGAUCAGGACGCUGGUAUGGGACAUGGCAGUGAUCAGGGUGCUGGUAUGGGGUAUGGCGGUGAUCAGGGCACUGGUAUGGCGAUGUUCAGGCACUGGUAUGGUAUAUGGCGAUUGGGACAUUAGUAUAGUGUAUGGCCAUGUUAUAGUGGGCACUGGGACAAGG